AUGUCAGAAGAAACACGAAUAAAAUCUGAAAAAAUAAUCAGCAUGGAACCAAACGCACUGCUUGAAAAAUUGAAUCACUUUUUCCAUCAUCCGACCUUCAAAAGUGAUUUACAGAAGAAUGCCAUUAUUGCAAUAUUAAAGCGAAAAUUUGAUGUAUUUGUAUCAAUGCCAACUGGAUCUGGAAAGUCAUUAUGUUAUCAACUACCUGCUGUACUUCAUUCACCUAAAGUUACAAUAGUUUUUUCUCCUCUUAUAGCUCUAAUGAAGGACCAAGUGGAUCAUUUAACACGUUUAAAAAUACGUGCUGAAACUAUUAAUUCAAAAAUGACUGAAUCUGAACGGAAACGUGUUAUCAAUGAUUUAUAUUCGGUACAAGUGUCUACUUCAUUACUUUAUGUGACCCCGGAACAAGCGGCUACUGACUUCUUUAAGGGUUUAUUAUCUUAUUUAGUACGAAAAAAUAAAUUGGCUUAUAUAGUGGUAGAUGAAGCACACUGUGUAAGUCAAUGGGGUCAUGACUUUAGACCUGACUAUUUGAAACUGGGAAUGCUAAGAGAACUUUAUCUUCAUAUUCCAUGGAUUGCACUUACGGCUACAGCUAGUGCCGAUGUUGUUAAAGACAUAAUGACUGUAUUAUGCCUUAAAACUCCAGUCUCAAAGUUUACAACACCAUGUUUUCGAUCAAACUUAUUUUAUGAUGUUAUAUUUGACGAUUCUAUUAAAAAUUCCUAUCAGCAUUUGAAGGACUUUAUUGAUCAAUGUAUAUAUGAUGAUUUAAAUUGUUUGGAGGGUACUACUCCAAACAUAAAUCCGUUGACUCAACCGUGUGGUAUAAUAUACUGUAGAACAAGAGAAUUAACUGAAGAAAUUGCCACAGUUCUUAGCCGAAAGGGUAUUUCAAUUGCCCCUUAUCAUGCUGGGUUAAAGGAUAAAGAACGACUUGCAGUGCAAGAAGCAUUUAUGAGUGGGCAUAUUCAAGUUAUAACAGCAACUGUAAGCUUUGGAAUGGGAAUUGAUAAGGCAACUGUGAGGUUUGUCAUACACUGGGGUAUACCAUCUAGCAUUCCAGCAUAUUAUCAAGAGUCCGGUCGAGCUGGAAGAGAUGGAAAAUUAGCUCGAUGUCGAAUUUACCAUUCAAAACAAGCGAAAAAUUCAUUAGAUUUUAUUUUAAAAUCUGCUAUAACUCAAGCUAAGACUCAAGAUAAACAAAAAAAAGCUAAAGGAAGUUAUAGUAUGUUUCUUAAGAUGAUACAGUUCUGUGAAAGUGUACAAUGUAGACACGAGUUUUUUGCUGAUUAUUUUGGAGAUGCAAAACCUCAAUGUAUUGAUAAAUGUGAUGUAUGCUCAAAUAAAGAAGCAGUAAAAAUAGAUUUAGAUGUAUUUAUGUAUGGAAUAAAUAAUAGGAAUCAUACAAUUGUAUCAAAUGAGCAACUAGUAUCUAGUGAUUUUUAUGGAGGCGGACGCAAUGCUGUUAAUGAGGAAAAUGAAGAGUAUGCACGUGAGGGUGAUAGAGAAGAGCACAAAAAGAAUUUAGCAUUAGAAUUGGAAAUAAAACGACAAUUUGAAAUUAGACGAGCUAAUAUACAAAAUAUUAUUAAAGAAAAUGAAGAAUUGGUAAAAAAUUCGAAAGUCAGAGCAGCUGCAUCUACAAUAAAAAAAGUGAAUGGUUUGCAGCUAUCAGUAAGAGAAGAAUUAUUGAGGUUUAUUGAAGAAUACUUGGAGAAAAAUAUUGAAGCAUGUUCUUUAUUUGAUUCAGUAACAGAAAUUACAAAAGAUGAUCUUCAUAAUAUUGCAGUGGACUUAGAAUAUGAAGCGUUUACUAGUUCAAAAGUUGUAGCUGUCUACCGAAAAAAAAUUGCUAAAACAGUAUCUCUUAUUAAGGCGGAAACAAGAGCAUCAAACAUCUUUGAUAAAAUACAAAAUUAUACACGACCAGAGAAAAUUAAAGAAGAAUCCAAAGCUAAUUCAAAUAAAAAUAUAGAACUCCCACCUAUAGUUACAGCUUCAGAUCUUAUUCAAGCUCAAAUAAAAAAUAAAAUGCCAGAGCCAAAAAUCAAAAGAGGAAUUAAACGAGAUCAUUUACAGCAGCAGUCAAUUAAAUCAUUUGUAUGUCCGACCACUACUACUUCUGUAACAGAGAACGAAGAAUGUGCUACAAAAAAACCUAGAAUUGAGAAUACCGAUAGUGACAUGGAAAUAUCUUCAGAUGAUGAAGUUCAUAUUAUAGAAAGUACUAAUAUAGACGAACCCCCCAAACUCCUCACUCAAACUUUACUAGAAGACUUAUAUCCCGAUCAGCAAACAACCUGUUUAUUUGAAACAAAAUCCAUUGAACCAUUAUUUUAUCAAACUACAUCAACAAAUAUACAAGUACCAAAAAUAGUUAUGGCUUCCAACUUAUUAAAAAGUGACCACGAAUCUGGUCCAACAUAUGAUUCAUCUAAAAAUUUUUUAAAUGUUAAAAGUGACUAUUUAACUAUGAAUAAUAUGCCACCAACUAUACAAGACCAAAAAAUUAUUCUUACGCCUAAUAAUACAGGUCCAAAUAAUAUAAAAAUUAAUGAAAAUGGUUUAUCACAUGUUAAUAUCAGUAAUAUCAAAUCACAAAUUUCAGAAAAAAAUGUUGCUGAAAUGUUUAAGGAAAUUUCAGAAAUUCUUUCAUCAGAAAAUGAAAAAAAUUUACAACUAAAUAAAUUUCCAAUGCACCAAAAACCAAAAGAUAUAAAACAACCAUCGAUCGAACAUAGAUUACCUGUUCAGCAAAAUGUUGAAAUAUCUGCAACAAAGAAUAUGAGUAGUCUCUUUGGUGAAGAUAGUGAUGAUGAAAGUAAAAUAGCAGUAGUUGAUGUUAAAAAAAAAUCCUUAGGUGUCCGACUUGGUAUGUCAACAAAUGUAAAUAAUACUAUUAAGACAAACAAAAAUUCACAAGAGUCCAUGAAAACAAACAAAAAUAAGACUGAAGAUCCAAAUAACAAGCAAAAAAAAUUUGAAUUGUCAAAUCUGGUUGUAAAAUUAUUGAAUCCUUACUACAAAAAUAAUUUAUUUAAGACUAAAGAAUUAUUUAAAUUCAUGGCAAGACAAAUUGUUCAUAAAUUAUUGGAGUCUACUAGUCAUCCAGACGAGCAAAACAUCAAAUUAAUUAUCAGAAAAUUAUUUCCAAAGGAACAGAAAAUAAAAAUUGAAUCUGAAGAUCAAAUAUUGAAGUUAUUAAAAUCAAUUCCUUAA